AUGUUGGCACUUUUCUUGACCGCCGAGCUCAACGGUGUAACCGAUCUCGCCCCCAUCGACACCGAAGACAGCCCUUUCUACUACACCUUCAAGGUGCAAUGCACUUCAUGUCGUGAGGUCCAUCCCAACUGGGUCAGCGUGAGCAGAUUCGAACAAAAUGAGAUGUCCGGCAGCAGGGGUGAGGCCAACUUUGUCUGGAAGUGCAAGAACUGCAAGAGAGAACACUCUGCAUCCAUCAAGGAAGCACCCAAAGCCUACACCCACAGCGAUACCCCCAAGGCCCAAAAGAUCAUCGAAUUCGACUGCAGAGGCCUUGAGUUCGUCGAAUUCAAACCCGAUGGCGAGUGGAAGGCCAUUGGCGUCGAAUCAAACACAAAGUUCGAUGCCAUUGAUUUGACAGAAGGCGAUUGGUACGACUACGACGAAAAGGCCAGCGAGGAAGUCAGUAUUCAGGGCCAGAAAUGGGAGAUCAAGCGCGCAUAA